CAAACCAACAGCAGAGACAUAAUGCCUCUGACUCUGCUGCUUUUCUUUCCCAUGCUGAGCCCUGCACUGGCAUGGCUUCCAGUGGAGGAUUGGGAAUCAGGAAAUGUAACCACAUCUGGUGGAGGACUGGAGUGUGUUUGCAGUGUGUUCCUGCCUGACAGCAGCUUCCCUGCCAACCCAGUGCAACACAUGCAGCAAGUUACCACAGACCUGAGGCUGGAGGUGCAAAUUCAGAUAAACAAGCUUGUCCACUAUGAGGGCAAACUGGAUAUCUUCCUUGCAGAACUGAAGGACCUGACUGUUAGAGUGGCUAUGCUGGAGAGCAGUCCUGACAGUUACAUCAAACUGGACUUUGAGCUGCUCAGGAUUGAGCUCAGAGAGUUUGAGGCUUUGGUGUCUCAGCUCAAAGACUCCCUGAACUCCUCCUCGCCUAUGCUGGAUAGUCUGUAUACUGAGAUUCACAACAUGACGAUCAUUGUAAACCAACUGGAGACGUUUGAUAAAAACAACCUGGAAGUGAUCCGCAUUGAGUUCGCAAAGCUGCAGAGGAAACUAGAGGAGUGCCAGAAAGAGCAGGAGUUGAUCAAGCCAGAUAUUGGCAACUGCAAUCACACAGGAAUCGUGAGCAUCAGCAAGCCGACAGUCAUCCAGCUGAAUGCUCAUUUGAACCCAGGUUACCAGUACGGCGGCUGGGGGAAAGACUCCAAACCUGUUCGAGGUCAUGAGUCAAUGCACUGGUAUGGAGCAUACAGCAGGCCCUCUGUGUAUGAAUUCUACCUGUACUCUAAUUAUGACAAACUCAUUCAGAGGUCCUCAUUCACACACCACGGUCUGCCACAAGGCUAUGAAGGCACCGGUAAUAAUUAUGUCGUUCAUGGUAACACCAUAUAUUACCAGGCUGCUAAUCCAUUCAGAAUGUCCAAAUUAAAUCUGACCUCCUCUGUUUAUAGUCACAGACAAAUCACAAAGGCAAGUGAGAGAUUCACCUACACCUAUUCACCGAACCAGUACCUAGACUUUUCAGCUGAUGAGAAAGGAUUGUGGGUAAUGUAUGCCACAGAGGAGGCCAUGGGUAAAAUUGUGAUUGCUAAGAUAGAUGAGAAAUCAUUUGGUAUUGAGGAUGAGUGGACCACAAGUGCGUUCAAACCUCUAGCAGGGAAUGCUUUCAUGGUGUGCGGAGUUAUGUAUGCCACCAGGCCGGGAGAUCUGAACACAGAGGAAAUCUACUACUCUUAUGACACUAAGACCGGGGAGGAGAAACACAUGAGUAUCCCCCUGCAGAAAUUCCAGGAGAGGUUUGUCAACCUGCACUACAACCCCACUGAUCAGAGGCUUUACAUGUACAACGAUGGCUACUAUGUGUCUUAUAAUGUGAGGUUUAACAGAAAAUGAAUUGUCCUGUUCUUGA